AUGGGGAAACUUCACUCGAAACAUGCUGCCGUUUGUAAACCCAGAGAAAGUCCAGAAGGUGAUAGUUUUGCGGUGAACGCCUCUCUGGCUCGCAAAGGGCUAGAGGACUGGAUGGUGAAGCAGAAAUACUCCGGAGGCAGCAGUUCGGGACUCCAGCACGGCUGCCAGCACCGGGCUGUUUGCAGGAUUUCCAGCGCCAGGGAUUUAUCUGGGGAAGGCUACAGAGAUACUAUUGGUGAUGAACACUUUCAUCUAGAAGUGGCUUUGCCUCCAGAAAAGACAGACGGAGUUUGCAGUGGAGAUGAAAAGAAAGCAGAAAAAGAAUGUGACACACACACAGCCUCCAAGAAGCAACUGAAAUUUGAAGAAUUGCAAUGUGAUGUGUCUGUAGAGGAAGAUAACAGGCAAGAAUGGACCUUCACACUGUAUGACUUUGAUAACAACGGAAGAGUCACACGCGAGGAUAUUACCAGCUUGCUGCAUACCAUCUAUGAGGUAGUUGAUGCAUCAGUAAACCAUUCUCCUAGUUCCAGCAAAACUCUGCGAGUGAAACUUACUGUGGCACCAGAUGGCAGUCAGAAGAAAAAAAGUAUCUUGUUAAAUCAUACUGAUUUGCAGAGUGCCAGACAUAGAGCUGAAAGCAAAGCUAAUGAAGAAGUAAGAAGCUCUGAGAAGAAACAGCGGGCUUCUCUCAGAUAUCACCAAAGUGAAAACAAUCCAGAACAAAGUGGGUGCUAUCGUCACUGUGUUGAUGAGAACAUUGAAAGGAGAAACCACUAUUUGGAUCUUGCAGGAAUAGAAAAUUACACAUCGAAGUUUGGUCCAGGAUCUCCUCCAGCAGCUCAAAAACAUGACCCACCAAGCCGAGUUGUGAAUCAGACUAGAUCUCGUUCUCAUGAACCUGAAACCUUCCAUGCUCACCAUAGGAAGUCUCAAGUGGUGGAUCCAAGCCACAUCAAUCUGGCUGAAAGUUCAUAUGCCAAGAUAGCAGAAAUCCAACAGAGGCUCCGGAACCAGGACUCAAACAAGCACUUUGUGAGGUCUCCCAAGGCCCAGGGCAAAAACAUAGCCCCUGUGCAUCCUGGAAGGGCUGUUAGAAAUAAACCUUUUCAAGGGGCGCCCAUGCCAAUGCCUUCCCCAACUUCACGGGUGGGCCAGAAUCUUCCUUAUCUCCCCUUGCAAUCUCAACAGGUUCACAAGAAGCAUAAGCAGCGGGCAAAGGAGAAUCACCAAAUGUGCAAAACUUUCCAGUCUCCAGGGACAGUUGUGGAAAAGGAACAUGUGAGAGACCUGCCUACAGUCAUUUUAUAUGAAGGCCAAGUCGGACAAAUGAUACAAAGACACGAACACCACCACCACCAUGAGCACCACCACCACUACCAUCACUUCUACCAGACAUAG